UCCUACACCCAUGUACCCCGAUUCGAUCCACUUCCUUGAGCAGUCCGGUCGCUCUGAAUGCUUAUUCUACAGCAAGUCCGCGUGUCCUGAUGCUCCCGUCUUCCAUACCCUGAACUCAGAAGAGAAAGACUUGAAACAGCCUACCGAACUUGCGCAGCAGAUCAGCUCAGCACAGUGUACCAUCUUGGAGUCAAUCGACAUUCCACCCGCGAGCAUUAAGACCCGCAGCGAACUUCUCCCCCGAGUCAAAGCAAAUGACAUCCAAGUGACCGUUGGCCACUCAGUCUCAGCACUGAGUACCUCAUCCCUCAAAGUCGCCGACCUGUAUAUUUGUAACGAGGCCAGUCUUGACCCAGCACACUGCACCGUUCUACACACUCUCAACGAAUGUGUAGCCUUCCCAGGACCUUUUGCCUACCAAGCCAAGGUCAUCACGCAAGCCAAGGGCUCACUCUGCAAAUACUACACCAAGCCAGGCUGCAUGGACGGCGACUUAUACUUUAGCUACAUGUCGAACCCAACCCAAGAUGCACGGUUUAGUGGAUGGGGUGUAGAGAAGCUAGCUGGAGUAUGGUGUGGCGGCACCGGUGCCACCUCGACAGCCGACGUCAGCGCAGUCAACACACACGCCUCCAUCGAUUCCUCCACCGUCGUUCCCUCCAACCUGGCGAAGCGCGGUAACCCCUUCUAUCACUGGUCCACCUCCCCUGGCUCCACAUCCAUCUGCCGCCAACGCAACUUCGCCUUCUGCACCAACAACGCCGUCAACGCGCUGCACCAAUGCGUCAGCUUUGCUCCUGCAGAUCAGGGCCCGGCGUCCAUGAUCCAGUAUGCUGGGGUGUAUUGUAAAUGGUAUGCUGAUUCUGGAUGCGCGAGUGGGGAGCAUAAGGCGUACGAUUUCCUUGAUUCGCGCAAGGGGGAUGCUUAUGCGGAUGGACUUUCUAGGCUUUAUCGGAGCGUCAAGUGUGAAAAGGAUGCAUGGUAGACGGGCAUCGAGGGCUUCUGAGAGACUUUUGGGGGUGGUUUGGUUACUAUAUGAAUGAGGGUUAGUUGAAUGGGCUCGUCAUUUCAUCGUGCUCUGGUGGACGACAUGGUGGCUUCUCUAACUUCUUUGGGUACACAAUGAAUCUCUUAACAAGGAACGGAUUGAAUGUGCUCUAUCAUUCCUGUUGUGAGGAUCAAGUCGCCUACGCACUAUUUGUUCUCCUCACUGCUCUUUCAUGAUGUUGGAAGGCUUGAGGGUGAAUUAGUGGGUGAGAGAGUCAAAGGAGAGUCGUGAGUGAAAAGCGGAAGGGAGAAGGAAGGAAAGCUGUAGCAG